AUGAACGCACUUCGCCCUCCGCCAGGCCACGACAGUUUCCGGUCAUGGCUCGCUGUCUUUGGUGCAGCCCUCUCUCUCUUCUGUACGGUGGGCUUUCUCAAUGCCUUCGGCGUCUUCCAAGAAUACUACCAAUCGUACUUUGAGAAAUCCGAAUCCGACAUAUCAUGGAUUGGUUCGGUCUCUAUUUUCAUUCUGUACCUCUGUGCACCCGUGUCCGGGAUGCUUUGCGACAGAGUCGGCCCUACGAUCCUCUUGUGCGUCGGUAGUAUCGGGCAACUCCUCGCCUUGUUCAUGACAUCUCUAUGCACGGAAUACUACCAGGCUUUUCUGGCCCAAGGCGUCCUUCUCGGCAUCAGCAUGUCCCUCAUCUUCUGCCCGCCAGUCGCCGUCGUCUCCCGCCGCAUGCCCCACCGCCGUGGUCUAGCUCUCGGCCUCACCAUCGGAGGCUCCUCCAUCGGGGGCAUCAUCUGGCCGAUCAUGCUCGAACAACUUCUCAACCAUCGGAAAAUCAGCUUCGGCUGGACAAUGCGAGCCAUCGCAUUCACCAUGAUCCCCUUGCUCGGGGCCGCAUGUUUAACAGUCGUCGAUGCACCCGCCGCCAAAUCCCCGGCCCCUCCAGCUGAGCCCGCAUCCGAUAGCAACGAAAAAGGUGACCAGCCUACGACCGACGACACACAAUCUGAAAAGCAAACGGACUUUUCCGUUCUCAAGAACAAGUCUUUCAUGCUCUUGUGCGGCGGACUUGCAAUUGGGUACUUCGGUCUUUUCACACCCCUCUUUUACGUAUCGGCCUUCGGCAUCGCCCAGGGAUUGACUUCCUCCACUGCAUUUUAUCUUCUAUCCGGGCUCAAUGCCGCCUCUUUCUUUGGCAGAGUCAUUCCCGGCCUCGUUGCAGAUCGAUAUGGACAUUUCAAUAUGUGCGCGGUCGCAACUCUCUCUGCCGGAAUUGUCGGGUUUUGCUGGACGGCCGCCACGACUCUCGGUGGCCUGGCCGUGUGGAGUUUGGCGUAUGGCUUUUGCUCCGGCGCUGUCAUGAGUUUGCAAGGAGCGUGUGUCGGCAAGAUUGCCCACCACCGAAGCCAAGGUCUCGCGGUAGGGUUCAUGAUGGGAUCCAUAUCGGUGACUGCACUUGUCGGCCCACCAAUCAGCGGCCAAAUUCUCAGUCACUCGGGAUACCUGGCAUUGUCUAUGUGGACGGGCGCAACUCUCAUUCUCGGCGCCGUAAUUCUCGUGAUCGCUCGGUUGAGGUUGGACCGCAACAUUUGGGCAGUCAUUUAG